AAACAAUAACUUACAGUAAAAUCAGCACAUCAUCUAAAUUUAUUCGCCCAUUUACAAUCAUGAUAAAUGGAAAAAAACCAGAAAAUCAAUCCUCGUACAGUUACGGACAUAAAAAACAGAAGACAUUAAAGUAAUUUUGCGUUCGUCGCGGAGUUUCGAACCUACGGUCGCUGCUUCGCUUUUGGCCCUUCUGAGCGCCUAUUCCAAUCGAAAAGCAGUUUCCUUCCAACGGCUAUCCUCGAGAAGGCUUGGCAAGCGAUUUAUUUUCUAUAGAUUUCAAUCUUUCUCAAAGGAAGUUAAUAUUGUUGAAACAUCAAAAGCAAAACAUGAUAUUUGUUGAAGGAAAGAAGAUAUCAGAGGAUUCAUCUAUGACAAAAGGUCAUCAACUUGUCCUUAAUCUACUCCAAAACCCAAUCCUGUCAGCAAAAACAAAUGCAUUCAAAUCCUUGUCAGAGACAACAAUAAUGCUUCCUCAAGAUCCAAAAUCUGUGGGUUCUGAGAGUUCAUCAUCUGUCAAAUCUGUUUAUGUGUUUCAGAGAGAAUAUGCAACUGUCAAUCCUUCAGCUGUUAAGUCAGUUGGCACUGAUGAGGCAACAACAUGUGUGGGACUAGCGAUUUCAAACCGGACAACUAGAAUGACAUCUGUUGCUCACUUUGACUCUGCGGAACGCGUGAAAUUGGGUUUGCUGCAAAUGUUGGCAGGAGUUGUAUGUGGAGAAAAGGAUGCUGAUUUAGAUUUUGGAGACUUGCAGGUGCAUCUUGUGGGAGGGUUUGAUGAUACUCGUGAAAGACAUUUUAACAAAAUCUUCAAAAUUGAAAACUGUGUGACAAACAAUGCUCAUAACUGUGAUGGUACCUUGAUUAUGGACCAAUACAAGGAAAAGCUAGUACUGGAUGGAUAUUCCUGGCCUCUUUGUUUAAAAAUAGUUGAAACCUUGCAAAGCAUGCCUCAUAAUUUCCAUCUUCAGACAUUUUGUGUGCUUAAUCAUAAUACAUUAGCAGGACCUAAAGGACAAGCUUGCCCUAUGAUUACAGGUUUUGUGGUUAACACAGUCACUGGUAAUGUAAUGCCUGCUAGCUUUGAUAAAAGUGCAAGAUGUCCUGACGAAGUUGUCAGGAGACUUAGAGUAUCCUUUUCAUUCGAAGAUUCCACUUGGGAAGGCCGUUUGCUGGAAACAUAUGAUACAUACUCGGAUAGAUUUGUCAUUGCCCCUUGUAAGUGGAGGCCUACAUGGAAAUAUUAUGCGGCUGAACUUCUUGAGCUAUCUGACUCUGAACUCUUGCUUCAGUGUUCUACUUCACCUGAUGCAGAGAGUCUUGAUUUUGUAGAAUCAGAAAGACGGAUGCUUGCAUAUUUGCUUAAGAAUCCAAACUGGACUUGCACAUUUCCUAAUGGUCAACCAAGAAUAUUUACAAGGACUGAUAAAGGAGAUUGGGUAAAAAGUGGAUUGCGUCAUGGCAAGUAAUUGACUGUCAGAAUGUAAACAUUUUUUCUGUUGUUGUUUUAGAUAGAUCUUCCAUUGAUUUGUCUGGGUGAAGAGAAAGACCUCUUCUUACAAAUCAAUGCCUUGUGAACAGAAAAGCCUAAUGCAUAAAAUUUCAGCUUACAAGAAUUUCAAGGUAUUAAAAUUGAUUAAAGAAGAAAUGAAAUAAUCAUUUGGAAAUUCAGUUGAUAAUUCUUAAAUAAGUGUUUUUGGCAUAUCACACAGAUUUAUUUGCUGGGGCUACAUAACUAUUGCCUACAAUUUUUAUGGUUGCUACUUCUUAGGAGAUAUUUAAGCUGAUUUAAGGUUUCAAGUUUGUUGAAAAACC